AUGUCUCAGCAAAUCGACAAGAAAUCUCUCAAACGAAGACAAUUAACAGAUUAUGAAAGGGGACUUAUUAUCGGCAGUGCUACCCAACAUGUAACUUUUGCUGAAAUUUCAGAAAAAACGGGCAUACCAUUGCCGACUGUCUAUGCAACGGUACGAAGAUGGAAAAAGACUGGUACUGCCUUGACUGAAAAACGAAAAGGAACUACAAAGAUUCUAAAUGAACGAGAUUUACGCCAUUUAAAGAAUGAGAUGAAAAGUAAUCCCAGUGCAACUCUUGGAAAUCUAACAACCUCAAUGGCAGAAACGAUUGGUAGAAGUAUCUCCAAAAGCACCAUUAGGAGAGCCAUUCGCAGGCUAGAGAAUGAUAAAUAA